AUGCCUCGAGCACCUCGACGAGCCGCGCAUCAUGCCCGUGAAGCAGCAACGACUACUCCAACUCGGCCAACUGCCACGAAUGCUAUUACAGCAGCUAUCCCUCCUUUCAUGCUCGAGACUCCUCCACACGCUCCUUUCCUGACUACCCCGUUGCCUCCUUCCAACAAUCCGGGUAACUCCAUCGUGCCGGAAGCGAAUGCUCCCCGUCGUCAACAAGCUCGACACCAACAGACCCCGACGGAUCAUGCAAACGCACACAGUGAAGGACUUGAGCACUCACAGGUCUCAAAUAAUGGCUUGGGCUCAACCGUCUCGGAAACCGGCCAUGCUGAGGAACAGUCGUUUCUAGAGUCGGUACAUCACGAUGUCGAAGAUGCAAAACAGCUUAGAGGCUUGAGGGAUAUAUCAUCGCUUGCAACCUGGACGUUGUCUUCGGCAAAGCCCGGCUGUGCUCUUGCACAGCUGCGUAACCCCAGCCCCAGUCUGUUCUGGCAAAGUGAUGGACCGCAGCCACAUACAUUGACGCUGCAUUUCUUCAAGUUAGUUGCUAUUGUCAAGAUGAGGAUCUAUCUGGAUUUUGAGCUGGAUGAAUCUUACACACCAACAAAAAUGAAGUUCUUUGCAGGCAUGUCUGAAGGCGGACUGGUCGAGUUCGGCUCAUGGGAGGUCGUUGAGACUCCAGAUUCAGAGACGGGCGAGACGCAUAGCAGCAUCGAAGGGGUUCGAGGGUGGAUUGACGUGCCGCUGAAAGGUGUGGGAGGAAGAGAAACACUAUAUCAUGAGGACGAUGACAUCCUGGGCAAUGGAGAGUCUAGCUCGUACCCAUCUCAGCCUACUUCGAACGAUGCUUUUGGGGGAGAUGUACUCAAGGCCAUGGUCGUUCAAGUCCGGAUUUGCGAGAACCAUCAGAAUGGCAAGGAUACUCAUGUCCGUGGCUUUCAGGUUUUUGCAAGGGACCAUACUACUCCAGGUAAAGUCAAGACACGAGCGAGGAAGACCAGGCACGAGAACCAAGCACCUGAGGACGAUGGAGAACUGGACAAGGUUGUCGGGCUUCAGCCGGCUGACUGGAUACAGCUAUUCCGAGCCAUCGGCAGCACUCUGGAGGACCAGGUAGCCAUGCACACGAGCACCGACAUUGAACAUUACAAGAACAGCACUUGGGCCACUUACAGCCCGAAUCUAAUGCUGAUUUGGGACCCCUUGCUUGCCGGCCUAAUGCAGCCGCGGAGGGAAUUCGUGGACUGUGACAGUCAGGCCCGCUGCGACAUAGAGAUUUCUAUGACCGCUGCAAGGCUGCUGCAUGUUGAACAGGCGACGCCCCCUGUCUUGCUGCACAACUUACUAAAUAAGCCUUAUCCAGAAUCCUUUGGUGGGACACACGUCCGCAGCUUUCCCAGAAUGUUGGACAAAUGGCCAACAACUUCGAACCCCAGUGAUUUUAAAAUGCAGCGGCCAGUCAUCUCUACCCAAGCACAGGUGCUUCUCAACUACAUAUGCAACGACAUCAUCACUGUUCGAUCAAAGCAAUCUCAAGCAUACUGUUGCGUCCCUUACACCCAUCCGCACUCCUUGCAGAAGGCUUUCCUCAUCACAGGCGCUUGCAUUAUUGUCUCCCAUCUUCUGGUCUCGAUGAUCCAGGUCCGGCUGAACAGCUCUCAUAGUCUGAGCUCGCGGUAUGUGGUUCGACCUACAAGAUUGAUCUUGGCUGGAGCCACCAUCUCAUUCGCAGCGAUUUACUGUUUUGCAGCGGACAGAACUGCUUACUUCGAGAAGAGCCCAAAAGGCGUUGACCAGAAUAUGUUCCUGUGCCUGUCAGCAACUUCCCUGUUAGCAGGUCUCGCCACGUUCAAAAAAUCAUCUUCUGGGCCAGCUAACUCUGAAACCAAGCCAUACUCAACCCCUGACCACCAGCAGCCACUGUCAAGAGGACAGACGGAGGAGUGGAAAGGCUGGAUGCAGGUUGCAAUCCUUCUGUACCACUACUUUGACAUGUCUAAAGUCUUGUGGGUUUACCAGUUUAUCCGCGUUUGUGUGGCUGGCUAUCUUUUCAUGACCGGCUACGGUCACACGAUGUACUUUCUCAAGACCAACGACUUCUCGCUCCGAAGAGCGGUCAAUGUGUUGCUGAGAACCAACUUACUGAAUGUCAUUCUGGCCUUUGUUAUGGGCACGCACUACGACCUGUACUAUUUCCCAGCUUUGUCAACGGUGUGGUUCCUCAUUAUCUGGUUCACAAUUCCGAAGAAGGCUGCGAGCCAUGCCAAUACGUGGCGGCUUAUGUCUCGAAUCGUGCUAUCAGCAGCAAUUGUCAGCCUUGCCAUCCGAUAUGGCGAAAUCAUGGAAACCUGGUUGACGAUUCUCAAUGAUGUGGGUCUUGGGAUGCCGGUGAUCGAUGGACGCGAAUUCCUUUUUCGAUUCUCGCUGGACGCAUAUGUUGUCUAUUUUGAAGAGAACAGUAAGGAAAAUGGCGAGGUCGCUGUCCCCAUCGCAUCAGGAGACACAGUCACGACCUACGAUCCCAAUAACGAACCGCGAUACGGCUGGGUGGUGUGCGGCGCUCUCUCGACCAUCAAUGGAUUCACCUGGGGCAUCUUGGCGAGUUAUGGAGUGUAUCUGUCGUACUACAUCAACCAUGCAACAUUUCCUGGGACCUCGGACCUGGACUACACGUUCAUUGGAGGAGUCAAUUUCGCAGCAGCCUUGAUCAGUGCACCUCUUGUCAACUUGUGCACACAGAAGUUCGGCACAAAUGUUCCCAUGUACUGGGGCUCGAUCAUGUUUUCAGGAGGCUUUAUUGCUGCAUCCUUUGCUACCGAGUUCUGGCACCUUGUGCUGAGUCAGGGCUUGCUCGUUGGUCUGGGGACUGGCUUCGUAUGGCAGCCAGCAACACCAGUCUUGCCGCAAUGGUUCAACAAAAACAGAAGUCUGGCCCAGGGUAUUGCUGCUGCUGGCUCUGGGUUGGUAGGAGUAAUUUUCUCUGCGGCUACGACUCCCAUGAUUGACCAUCUAUCACUAGCUUGGUCACUCCGUAUCACUGGAAUUAUCUCCCUCGGUGCACUAGUGGUCGCGUCAAUUUUGAUCCGCGAUCGAAAUACCACUGUCCGCCCACGGAUCAAGGUUUUCGAUGCCAACUUGCUCACACAGUACAGAGUGUGGCUGCUGAUGGGGUACUCCUUAUUCAAUAUCCUGGGCUAUAUUGUGACGAUAUAUUCUUUGUCGGCAUUCGCAAUUUCAAUCGGACUUAGUCAAAGUCAAGGAGGAAUCGUGACUACGAUAUUGAACCUUGGAACAGCAGUUGGGAGGCCUUUCGUUGGUAUUCUCAGCGACAGAUUCGGCAGGAUGACGGUCGUUGCGGCGCUGACGAUGGUCAAUGUCGUGUUCAUAUACGCCGUCUGGAUACCGACUGAUUCGUUCGGGCUUUUGAUCUUUUUCGCUCUUGUCCUCGGAGUGACGAGUGGCUUGUACUGGAGUACAAUUGCACCGCUUUGUGCAGAAGUCGUCGACUUGAGAGAACUACCCUCGACACUCAGUUUGAUGUGGUUGACCACUUCAUUGCCUACUUUGUUUUCGGAAGCUAUUGCACUCGAGAUUCGGCAACCACAUUCAAGCCGUCCGUACCUGUGGCCACAGAUCUACACUGGCUUGACGUAUCUGAUAUCUGUCCUUUUCAUACUUGAGUUGCGCAGGCAGAAAUGGGGCUGGAAAAGAGAAAAGCACCAAUAA